AUGGCUUCGGAGCGAGGCCGGAUGCCUAGCCCACAGUCAGGUUCAACCACAUUAGAAGACAAGAUAGACAGCCUGGCUCACCAACUGGAGCUGCUCCUGGGGACAGGACCUGGCGGCUGCCCCGUGUGCCGGACCUGCAGCAUGCACAGCCACCAACAUGAGGCCACACAGAGACAACUGGCUGCUCAGUCCAGGCUGCUCGAGAAGCUGGAGAGGAAAAUCGAGGAGAUGCAGAAGACUCUUGGCAUGGUCAAAGGUACAGGGGCAGGUCAGAGAGAUCAGGAGGGGCUUGUGACAGGCCCAAAGCCCACUGGAGGAGGGACUAAAGUGGAUCAACCUCAUCCAGUCAAUUCAUUGGCAGUCGCAUCACUGCCUGCUGGUCAGCGUGCCAAGAACACCUUUGCUGCUGAAAAGGACAACAUUCACAAUGAGGUCGCUAUCCACACUCCAUCCAAGAAACAGGAGGGCGCAGGAAAGGGAGCUCAUCUGAUUACUGCCAACUCUCAAGAGGUCAAAGGUCAACCUGUGUUAGAAGUGGCCAAGAGUGUCCAAUCAGCUGCUGUCGACCUAAAGAGCCAGAGCGUGAUCGGACGUAAAGCACCGGUGCCUCAAAAGCCCUGCCGAUUGGCUGUUCCCAUGGUGACGGUGGAGAGCCCCUCCCUCAGACAUGUGUCCAGCUGUCCAGACUCUCUCCAGAGGCUGCAGGGCUCGGGGCCCUUAGAUCCAGGCUGCCCUGCUGUGAGGAAUUCAACCCUGGGUCCUGGUCCAGAAUGUGGGAUCCAGAUCCGAGUGGUGUCUCCUGCACCUGACAAAACCAGGAAAACCUCGCCACCACAAAUAUGCCACAAAGUCAUAGAUGAUGUUCCUCCCCAGCCCGCUCCAUUCCUCCAUCGCUGUGUUUCUCUUUGUUCCUCCUCGGUUUCCGACACUUUCAUCAUCCACCAAGACGUCCUGGGAGGCGGCCGCUUUGGAAAGGUUCACUCCUGCACAGAGAGGUCAUCUGGACUGAGGCUGGCAGCCAAGAUCAUCAACACUCGCAACGCCAAGGAGAAAGAGAUGGCAUUGAAUGAGGUGCAGGUGAUGAACCAGCUGAAUCAUGCGAACAUCCUCCAGCUGUAUGACGCAUUCGAGACCAGGAACCAAGUGGUGCUGAUCCUGGAAUACGUGGAGGGAGGUGAGCUGUUUGACAGGAUCGUCGAUGAGAGCGCUCCUCUGACUGAGGUGGAUGCCAUGGUGUUUGUGAGGCAGAUCUGUGAAGGCCUCCACUACAUGCACCAGAUGUACGUCCUCCACUUGGACCUGAAGCCAGAGAAUAUCCUCUGUGUGAAUCGCACCAGCCACCAGGUGAAGAUUAUUGAUUUUGGACUGGCCAGAAGAUACAGACCACGGGAGAAGCUGCGGGUCAACUUUGGGACUCCAGAGUUUCUGGCUCCUGAGGUGGUGAACUUUGACUUUGUCUCCUUCCCCACAGACAUGUGGACUCUUGGCGUGGUCACCUACAUGCUCGUGAGCGGCAUGUCGCCCUUCCUGGGGGACGACGACUGCCAGACGCUCAGUAACGUGCUGGCGGUCAACUGGUACUUUGACGAGGAGGCCUUUGAGCACGUUUCAGCUGAAGCCAGGGACUUCAUCUCCAACCUGCUGAUCAGAGAGAAGGGAGGCCGCCUGAGUGCAGCCCAGUGUCUCAAACACCCGUGGCUCAACAACAUUUCAGAGAAGGCCAAACAUAACAACAUAGUGCUCAAGUCCCAGGUCCUGCUGAAGAAGUACAUGGCCAGGAGGCUGUGGAAGAAAAACUACUUUGCGAUAGCAGCAGCGAACAGACUGAAGAAGAUCAGCAGCUCAGGAUCUCUGACCUCGCUGGGGGUCUGACAACACAGAGUCGCUCUUUACAUCACAACAACACCAA